AUGGUGGUACAGAGUAUCGGUAAAAUGGACAAUACAACACAUUGCAAUGAUUCUGUAGAAGCUUUCAAAACACUUGUCAUGCUAAAAAAGGAACUGAUAACAGCUUUGAACAAUGAAUGGUCCUAUGCGAUACGAGAAUGUGACGCUAUAUCUGAAUUCAACGAAACAGGCAGUAACAAUGGUACAGAGCCGAGAACUUAUGGAGAAAGCUCAAUACAAACUGAUAUACCAACAAUGGACACAGGUAGUCGCAGGGUAAGCUUAGAAACUGGACGUGACACAGAACAAUAUGAACCAUUACUGAGGUGGGAGUCGCCAGAACUACAAGCACUCGAACAACGCUGGAAUAAUCAACUUAAACACUGUAUAGAAUGUGUCAAAAAUGAUGCAACACAAUCGAAGCAUCAUUCAGUGUCGAUUGAUGAAGUUGAGGCUAUACGGCAAUCUAUAGAACAAUUGAAAAAUACAUAUAUGCAGGUUGUUGAAGAAAGAGAAAAGAAUAAUAAACUGUGGCUCAGACUCAGAAUGUAUAGCCAUGCAAGAAGGGAUAUGAUAGAAAAGGUAUGCAAACCAUAUGGCACAAAUAAAAAGGCUGUUGAACCGAUGCAAAGGAGAGCUACAAGUAACAGGAGCAGCAGAGAACAAACAACAUAUCGCACUGUGAAAACACUGAAUACGGUAGAUGUACCAGAAAAUUGUGCUCCAAAAUAUGUACAACGUGGCAACUUUCAGGGUUCAAAUUCAGGAUCCUCUGAAGAACUCUCAAUUGACAAUUAUAAACAACGAGGAUAUAAUAUGCAUUCGGAUAAACACUCAAUCUCAUGUAGCCCAAGCGUAGAAGAGUUCAUUAAUCAAACAAACUCCACGGACAAGUUCUUCGUCGCGGCAACACAUAUAUACUCACAAUAUGGUGAUGGACGUAUGACACUGAAAAUGUUCAAUAACCUUGUAGACUACCUGUUGCAUUCACUGGGAAUACCGGUAAUCGACAGGUCUGCAAUAAAGAAAAUGUUCGAACUUUACGGGAUAGUACCAGGGACGUUGAUCACCCGAGAUGUAUUCGUGCUAAUGUAUUGGGAGGUCGUACACAUUGUGCGCCGGGCCAUCGAUAUAAUGCAAGCAGUCAAUGUGCCAGGUUUACACGUCCACGUAGAAGGCCCGUCUGCCCGGGACAUGAGCACGUUUGUGGAUAUUAAUGACAUUUUCGAGUUUAAAAAAAAGUUAUACAGUGGUUAUUCAUGUAACAAAUUCCUUGCAGUAGAACAGAGUACUGGAGAAUUACGUGUGGUAGAGAUCCUGCACAAGUCAGAUGGGAUACCGCCAUUUGAACAGAUAUCACUUGAAGUAUCGAGGUUGUCAAAACUUCAAAGGCAGCAUUUGGUGCUGUACCGCGAUGUUUACCACGACCUUAACAACAUCUAUAUAGUCUCAGAGUUCUGCCCAGGAGGCUCGCUACUAAAUAACCUCAACACGAGGCAUGAAAGUAAUUAUACCAUCGAAUUUAUCCAUAUAGUGAUAGCUCAGGUUAUAGAGGCGGUUUUAUACCUACAUUGCAACAAUAUAGUACAUGGGUCGCUAACAAUAGACAAAGUGAUGUUGCAAGAGACCGAUUAUAAUCACGUGAAGAUCAGGGACGUUGGGCUCCAUAAGUUAUUGGAUACCGAGAUACGCGGUUCAACACUCACCACUUUAUACAGUAGCCCGGAAUCUAGAGAUGGUCGCGUCAGUCAUAAAAGUGAUAUUUGGUCAGUUGGUGCGAUACUGGCAUUCCUUGUAACUGGUGUGAUCCCUGAAGAACGCAUCGCCUAUGACGAAUUUGCCGCUGCUGUGGACAACCAACUAAGGAACUCACGUGUAUUCAAAAACGAUGAACAACUGAGAGAUUUGAUAGCCAAAAUGCUCAGUGUCGACCCCAACGACCGUCCUGAUGCAUUCCAGCUAAUAACUCAUCCAUGGUAUACCAACGCAGGACAUUCAGAUUCUACACCUGGCUAUUUUAAGUCCAUGGUGCAACCUAUCAGACGUCUGAUGGCACUCAAACAGGUCUAUGUCGACAUUAUACGUGUUUUGGAGUCGCACAACGCAUUGCUUGUCUGCCAGGUACCCAAACUUAUCAACACUGUGCAACUGAUUAAGCGCCUGAAAAAUGAUAAUAUAACAGUGAAAGAUCUUAUAAGGGCUAUACAGAUGGAAGGAGUGUCGCCACAGAUUACAGAUAACCUUAUAACGCUCCUAUCAUCUGGGCGUGACGAUAUCUCUGUUGACACAUUUAUGAGUGCUUUAAUACGUUGGAAAUCUGGCGAAAUCUCACACGCAUGGUCUGAAUUUCAUCGAAACGCUCUAGAUGAUAAGAUUUCUAUGAAAUCGACAGAUUUUGCAAGUGAUAAGGACCCCGUUACACCUGGCAAUACAGGCCAUUUAAGGAGCCCUUAUGCAGGACAAACAACGUGUCCAACAAACGAUGUCACUCUCAUUGCACAGAGUCCAGGCAGGACACCAACCAUACGCAUGGGACAUGACGAGAUGUCGACACCCAAAAAAGAAGCGAGACCAACAGAUAGUGGAGAAAUAGAUUCUCUUAAAACACCAACGACACGCCCAGGAUCUAAAUCUCUCUUAAAUCGAUGUCUAUCGGCAUGCUCCUCACUAAGGUUCAACGCGGAAUCAUUAGUGUCGUUGCCAUAUGGUUACUGUAACAACACAUUUGUAAAAAUCAAAGCUGAUGACGUAUUCGACCCUAGAGUAGGACGGAAAAGGGCAAGAUAUGAACAUCUAAAUCAUGCAGAUAAUACUCUUCAGAAUAACCCGCCAACGAGAAAGGGUACUAGGAACUUGGCUAAUGCGCAUGAAUUGGAACAACUCAAAAUACAUAACGAAUAUGCAAUGAACCCUUAUAAGAGAAGAUAUCAAUGCGCUUUGAAAGAAAGAAGACGGUUGGAACGUACUUCAUCAGUAUCGACAGUUGAAGAAGAUAUGACAGUGUCACCUAAAAAAAUACGUACACAACAACAAAUACGGCCCUUCAAAAAAAGAGAGAUUGAUCUAUAUGAUAACAAGUACUCGAUGGUGGCAGAUGUAGAGAGCCGAGAUCGACCUAGACCUUUUAACUGCAUAUCUAGCAACACUCUGGCUAAUGACGCACCGGCACCUCUAAAUGAGGAAAAUAGGGGUCGUAUAAAGAACCUCAGUCAGGUAUCUACAAAUGUGAAAUCAAGAUUAUUGGAAGAAAUGAUGGACGUAGUUAAAUUACUAGCCGCAGUUAGACAGAAUGUACAAGAAGAAAGUGAAACGGGGAAUGGGCUAGGCACCAACGAUGCGGCGCUUAAUGAUGUAUCGAAGCAAGUGCGAGCACUCAUCCAAGAAACACAGCAUAAAAUGAUUGCACUACAGUACUCGAAGAUGCUUUUAAAUUGGAACAUCACUCCAAAAAAUACAACAGGAAGUAAACAUGCAAUUACAUCUCCGGAUCAAACCAGUGCCGAAAACGAUUCCGGGGCAAGUCAAUUGGCGUCUAGGUCAACAGAAAGUAAUGCUAACCAACCAAGUGGAGUACUCGUAACGUCCCCGUGCAUCACGUUUUACGAUGGGCUGACAUGUGCCCAAGGAAGAUGCAGUACAAGUAUGCAAUCUUUCGGCUCCAAAACACUGACAGAUUGUUACACCGCAGCAGGUUGUUACCUCUGGGAGCCCACAUCUAGAAAGAGAUUAUGUCGAGGUGUGGCCGGGAAUGUAAAAGUACAUAGAGAUGGCCACGCAUGUGAUGGUAUGGAUGACGAUAUGAGCGUAACUAGCGACAUUGGUAUUAACAGACAACUUGGGUCAUCUCGUGAUGACAAGUGUUUAGGCAAAACUGGUCCUUGGACUCAAGACCUUGUAUUUGCCAAAUCUAUUCUGGAUGCAAAUAGGAAAACACAAUUUGAUGCUGUAGUCGAGUUUCUAAAGGAUGUAUGCCGCAUCGCAAUUGCUGAGGUACGAAUACCGAGACCAGAUUGGAAGGGUCCCAGCGAGUAUGCGUGUCAUAGUGGUUUGUGUUGCCCCAAAUGCUGUUUAUGUAAGGAUGGAAGCACAUCUUCUAGCAAAUCUGUAAGGUGUUCGGGAGCGAAUUUAACAGAGGAUAAUGAAAAUGUCAGAUUCCAGAUGGAGACCGCUCUGGCCAAAACAGAUAUGCUUGCAACACAGCUUGGUAAAUGUGUUUGUGUAUGCAAAUGUGUUUCCGAUCGGAUACCUAUCGAGCGUGUGGUACACGAUAAUACACCAAGGCAUCGUAAUUUCAACGAUGGUCUUGUUUGGCAUAACAUUGAACCUACGGAACAUGUGUUAGAAGCGGAUAGUCCAACACUACCUAAAGAUGCUAUUGUACAAGAAAGGAUAACUUUGCGUAUUAAGGCAGAUUGUGUACCAAUGGCCUGGAAGAAACGAAGUCCAUUUAUAUGUAGGCUCAAUAUUCAAACAGAGCCUGGUGAUGCGACUGUGGAUGAAGAAACAACCAACGAUACGUCUGAAUCCAGUAGUACGGGAGAUCGGGUGGAUCCACCGAGGCAGAAUGGAAUUAAUCUCUCGAUUAAUGUUACGGACGACAGCAGUAAUCCGGCUACCGAGCCCCAAGGGGUUGGUGUAAAUCGUAAUCGAAGCCGAUAUACCGAAAAAUUCGAAGAAAGGAUACCGCUUAUACAAAUGAGGGAUUAUAAGGAGCUCAGCGCUUUUAGUUUCUGGGAUGCGGCGGAUUUACUCUACAAGCAACAACGAAAACUGCACCGUGCAUUGAGGGAAGACAACGAUGCCACCGACUGUUUCGACCCCAUGGAAAUAGAUACUUCACGGAUUCCCGAAGAAACCUUGAGAUUGUCUAGCGAUGCUAUAGUUGAGGAUAUGUCAUCCGAGGAUUAUCUGGAAAUAGCAUUAUACCUUCCUUACGCGCCUACCUGUACGAUCCCUUGGCGAUUUGAGACGAUAGAUUUAAUAGCUAUGCUUGCUAGUCGAUUUAGGCCUAGACACCAGGUUGAAGUGAAGCGUCAUAGUAGUGUAAUGGAAGAUGAUAACGAGGGUAUGGAACUGGAUGACAAUACACCGCACGAAAGCGGGGAAAUAGGUGGAAUAACAUUGGGGCAUCCAGAUCACCCUUCUAACAUGACACCUACAGUACCGGGGUAUUUCGACGAGUCGGAUUCAAGUAACAGCUAUAUGCAUACCGGGGGCGAUAGUUACACGUCUAAUGCUAUGGAAGAGGGUAUAGCAACUGGUAGUAGUCUCGGUACCCCAAUCGAGACAACGCCAGACAGUGUAGAAGAGCUUGUGAUGCCUAGCGACGCUGCAAUAUGUGCGCAAUUAUUCCGUGAUAUGAUAGUCUUGCCAUCAAGCGUGACACGGGUCCAGCAAGUUAUCCGUCAACACAUCCAUACGAGGAACAAGAUCCUCAAGGAUGAAGUGCGGGCUUUCAAGGCUCAUAGGCAUGUGUGGUACAAUAAUAUCAAGCGGAUGAGGGCAUCAAUGCCUAGAGUGGAUGUUUUUGCAUGGGGGAUACUGCCUGUACGUGCUAUAGAUUCACCAAAUGAAUUCGUACCACUACCAGCUGGUUACAAGGAGAAUGAUAUUAGCUGGCCAUACAAGACCAAUAAUGCAGUAUCUCCAUUUGAAAUAGACAGUUACGGUAUAGGCGAUAUUCGUAAAACCCACCAGAGUUUCAGCGCAUUGGCACAUAAUGCACUGGCAGUAAGACGUAGAGAUGAAACGGUUUCAAGCCAACCACACAGUAGGAAGCCCAACGCCGGUCGGAGGCGUGGUACUACCGAGCAAGAUGUUGUGGACCAUAAUGAUGAUGAUGGUGGCCGUGCUACAGUUUGGUUGGCACCCAAUUACAGCAAUCUUACAGGUCCUGGGUUAAGAUGGACAUAUUCCUGUAUGGAUACCUUAAGUGAGCCUAUGCAAUUCAUUCCAGAUUUCAGGGCUCUACCCAUAUACAGAAUAAUGAAAUCACCAGAUUACAGUUACUACAGCAUGGACCAAUGUUUGAAUUACGAUAGACGGAACUCGUUGCGUUCGGAGGUUGUGAUUGCGGAUGAAAUCACCGGUCGUGUAAGCAAUGUGUGGACGCGUAAUGAGUGUCGCACUUUUGUGGAGAAGUAUCUCAUGUACCCGAAGAACUUCUCGAAAAUUGCCCAAUUUAUUGAAACAAAACGUUGCGGCGACUGUGUAUCGUUCUACUACCGGUUUAAAUACCGACUUAAACUUAAGGAGCGUCUACAGGAUAUGAAGGCUAGGCAAAAACAUAAAUAUGAGAUGUCGCGUUUCCUAAAACGCGAUAUGCACGUGAUGCAGGCGCUUGACAAUUUGUUGGAUGAUUGUUAUACCGAUAGCGUAAGGGAAGUUUGCGAACAAAACGCUAUCUUAUUCAGCACAGUUAGCGAUGCUAUACUCAGUGUCGGAGGUGUGGAUACACAGACGCCAUAUGAGGUGGCUUUGACAGAACACCGCGAUAACUGGUCACCUUUAGAGGAGACCGGCAAUGUGCACCUUGACAACCUUAACGAGGGUUAUUUCGUACCUAAGAAAUUCCGGUGUCUAAUCUCACGUAAAAGUUUGGAACUGCCGUUAAACAAUAAAGUGGGCAAUGAAGAGACAAUAUUGAAACGUGGUUGUCUAGUAAUGAACGGUUGUCGCAAUUUCGGAGAAGCGCAACAAUCAAACGCUAUAGUGAGUGCUAUAAAGACGGAACAUUUCAUGUCUCUGAGACCAAUCAAUUCUAGGCGCAUGGCAGGUCGUUCUAUCUUGGAAUCGAUUUUGCAUAACAGGCCAUUGCCAUCAGACGAUCAGCCAGCCGGCACUGCAUUGGGUAUUGUGAGCGAUAGUGCUCCAAACGACACUGAUAGAGGUGCUACUGAUGUUUCUGAACCUGAACAUGUUGAUAAUGGCGACGCGGAUAAUGCCAGGAGCGCCGAACAAUUGCCGUUCAAUGAAUGGGGUCGUACGGUUCGAACAAAGGAUGUAACAACGGGCAGGGGAACAUGGUACGAACUAUUGUCACUCCCAAUCCCUACAGAACGAGAGCUUAGGCUUAAUCAGCUGCGUCUACAAGAGAGCUAUUCUGACUACCAUGAUUACGAUGUGGAUCAUUGUCGUUACCCGGUUAUGGCAUACGAUUCCGCGUUAAAGCAUAAAGAAAGGAGUUCUGAGAACACCUGUAAAACUAAAACUGAGAAGGAGCUGACGACGUCACACCCAAUACAGAAGACCGUGACGGCUCGUAAUAAAUGUCCCGCUGCGAAGUCCAGUGCGGCGCCGCGCAGAGCCAAGAAACCCAAAGUAGCGGCUAAAGUUAAACCCGAGGUAAAAGAAGAAGUACACAUAACGCACCAUGAGGUUCUACAAGAGACACCUACUGAUUGGUCUAGCGAGGAGAUUGCAGAAUUUGUAAGAUUAUACCGUUUGUACGGUGAAGAUUGGGAAACUUUGGAAAGAGAGAUGUCGCGUUAUGGUAGAACUAGGGAACAAAUUAUCCAAUAUUAUAUUGCAAGGCUCACAAACAACGCUAUUAGAAAAAGACAACAACAACAACAACAACAGGCUCCGGAAGGAGAUAGUGGCAAUAGUGAUACACGGCCUCCCUCUGAGUGGUGCUCACCAUCCAGCUCAGUCCAAAAGAAUUUUGGGGUCUAG